AUGACGGAACAGCUUUUAGAAGCCAUUCAGUUUAUCCAUGAUGCUGGCAUGGGACACGGAGGUGAGCCACACCCACAUCUAUACUCCUCUACACCUGGUUCGUUCUUGCCUUCAGGGUAUGGUUUUAACGCGGUGGUAGAUAUAAGUGGGGGGAACAUCGCCUUCAGUUGUAGCAACCUGUCGAAUGUAGCGGAAGAGAAUCUCUUUGAAGUCCUUGGGUUACCGGAGACCGAAGAAUUGGUUCGCCUUGAUGGCAAGCCACUGGACAACGGUUUACCGAAACACAUGGUGAAAGCAGCCGAAUGGGACGAGUGGGUGGAUGAAGAUGAGGAAGAUCUUCGGGUCCUUGACCUUGGAGAGGGGUUCCUUCAAGGACAUGAGCCUAAAAGCCUUUCUCAACCAGGUCAAUUGCAGGCACCAGAGACGAUUUUCGGGAACUCCUUUGACCACCGAGUCGACUUAUGGCGUGCAGGCUGCAUGAUUUAUUUGUUCGUAUUCAGAAGAUCGCCGUUCUGGUACCUUGACGACGAUGGUGCCUUGGUUGAACAGAUGGUCGGAUUUGUGGAGAAGUUACCAGAGGUCUGGCAGCCAGCGUGGGACCGCAUGCAGUUGAACUCGAAGCAUCAGAUACAACCGAUGGAAGGUGAGUGA